GCUGUUCAACACAGAGAGACCGUCUGACGUCACGGGGUCACAUGACAGGGCUGAUAGUAUAUCUUUAAGUGGGAAAAACUAUCCUAAUCUAUCAGACAGUCGUUUUUAAAAACCUUGCUUGGAAAGCAUGCGUCAUCACCUCUCUUUAGUCCAAAGUCAGUCGUGAGCAGGCUGGAGGAAAUCCGCCGGAGCGCGCGCUCAAGUUUGUUGAAACUUGCUGAAGAGCGCUCAUCGGGAGAGGAGACAUAUUAUUAUUAUUACUAUCAUUAUUAUUAUUAUUAUCUGAAGUUUUGAGUUUUCACUGGCAAGGCGCUGUGACUGAGCUGCAUUUUGCCAAGUGCUUGACACCCGAGCUGCCCGCCCGCCCGCCGGAUCUCACUGCGCUCUUUCCCUUUCCGAAUCGGUUUCUGAGCCAAGCGCGCGCAGCAAUGACCCUGUCGGGAAGCGGCAGCGCCAGCGACAUGUCCGGUCAGACGGUGCUCACUGCAGAGGACGUGGACAUUGACGUGGUCGGUGAAGGAGACGAAGGACUCGAGCGGGACAGCGAGUGCGGAAGCCCAGGCAUGUUGCCCGAACCCGGAGACGAUGGAGACGACCUGGAAGUGCACGAGCGCACUACCGGGAGCUCGUGCGAGAGUGGCGGUGAGAGUGAGCACAGAGCAGGGGAGGAGGGCCAGGAGAGUGCCACUGCCCCGGUACCCAACAAGCCCAAGAGCAGCCUGGUGAAGCCGCCGUAUUCCUACAUCGCUCUUAUCACAAUGGCCAUCCUGCAGAGCCCGCAGAAAAAGCUCACACUGAGCGGCAUCUGCGAGUUCAUCAGCAACCGCUUCCCGUAUUACCGGGAGAAGUUCCCUGCGUGGCAGAACUCCAUCCGCCACAACCUGUCGCUCAACGACUGCUUCGUCAAGAUUCCGCGCGAGCCGGGCAACCCGGGCAAGGGCAACUACUGGACUCUGGACCCCCAAUCUGAAGACAUGUUCGACAACGGCAGCUUCUUACGGAGAAGGAAGCGCUUCAAGAGACAGCCGGACAUCCUCCGGGAUCAGACCGCUCUGGUUAUGCAGAGUUUCGGUGCGUACGGGCUCGGAAGUCCUUACGGGCGCCACUACGGCCUCCACCCGGCCGCCGCGUAUUCUCACCCAGCAGCCGCGCUCCAGUACCCGUACAUCCCUCCUGUCGGUCCCGUUCUGCCUCCGGCUGUCCCGCUCCUACCGUCGGCUGAGGUGAACCGGAAGGCGUUCAGUUCGCAGCUCAGCCCGAGUCUCCAGCUGCAGCUCAAUGGCCUGAGCGCCGCCGCCGCAGCCGCAGCCGCCGCCGCUGCCAGCACGGCGUCCAUGAUCAAGUCGGAGCCUUCGAGUCGGCCCUCGUUCAGCAUAGAGAACAUCAUCGGUGUGUCCAGCAGCAGCGGUACCGGAAGCGCACAGACUUUGUUGCGGCCGCCGGUCACAGUGCAGUCGGCGCUGCUGAGCGCGCACUCGCUCUCAUCGUUAACACGGAGCUCAGCCAUCCUCAGCGUGCCGCCGACAAACCUCAUCUCCGGACAGUUCUUACCGGCGGCGUCCACGGCGGCGGCAUCGAAAUGGCCUUCUCAGUGAUAAACUCAUUUUCUAAUACUGAAGGGAUGGGAUGGGAUGGGAUGGGAUGGGAGAGACUGUACAGCACGAACUGGGCAGCACUGGACGAUUCGUCCACCUCAAUGUAGCCAUGUAAAGAAAAAAAAUGUAAAAAAGAAAAUAUACAAAACGGAGGAAUGCUUUCAGCACAGGUAAUAUUUGUAAAUAUUUGUAUGAAGAAAUUGUUCAACUUUCUGAUCCCCCCCCCCUUUCAUUUGCUGUUCGAUAAUUUCACAUCUUGUAACAAAGUGUUUUAUUUUCCCUCUCCAUCUUAUACAUGUUUUGUUUUUCUCAUUUGAAAUUUGAAAUCACAAGAAACGUGAUUCACUAAUUAGAGCAGUUCA